CACAAAUCAGAGAUCAGAAGACAGGGUCAAACUCAGACUGCUACACACAGAGACAGUUGUGGUUGAGAUCUCUACGGCAACCAAAAUAUCUGAAUCCUCACCACCUCCGGUGGUCGCGCCAAAAAAAUGCCGAGCCGCUGUGCGAUCUGCUGCGAGAUUCUGAUAGCUAUCCUCCUCCCUCCGUUGGGAGUUUGCCUCAGGCACGGUUGCUGCACCGUUGAGUUUCUGAUAUGCUUGUUGCUGACAUGUUUGGGUUACAUCCCGGGCAUUAUCUACGCGCUCUACGCGAUCGUGUUCGUCGAUCGCGAUCAGUACUUUGACGAAUACCGCCGUCCUCUCUAUGCUCCCGCUUAGCUUGGUUGAUGUCGUUGUUCAGUGAUUUUCACUGUGUUGUGGACUCGAUUCGAUGCGUUUGUUUUUGUUCAGUGUUUCUUAUAUUCAAUAAACUAAUCUGAGUGUUUGUAAUUUGAUGAUGUGGGAUUACUUUUGUUGAUGAUGUGGGAUUGGAUAGUAUAUUAUGUUCA